CUACGAGACAGAGACUGGAGCCAGAGGAGAGAACCAAACAGCCAGUCGGAGAGAAAGUGAGAGGGAACGGGAGCUGUGGGGACAGGAGCUGAAAAAAAAUGGCUCAACGUCUGCGUUUGUACUUUGGCUCAGGCCGCAGCAACACAGCCCCGGAGAUACUGGAAGGAGACUCCGAGGAGCAGCAGGGAGACAACGAUGUGGUCACGGCGCUCCGCAUGCAGCGGCCUCCGGCAUCGCCGCCCUCUCAGGAGCCAGCUGCGCAGCAUGUCGCACCAAAAGCUUCGUGGUCGGAGCCCUCUCUGAAACGCAGCUCCUCUAUGUUCAUACCCCAGCUCGCCACCUACGCUGAGCCGCGGCCCACCAAGAGCUCCUCCAUGCACAUCUCCCUCCAGCGCUCCAAUGGAUCAAGUAAUGGAGAUUCCCGAGGUUAUGCUGACGAUGUCCCACCACCCUGUUAUACACCUCCGGGACCUGCGCCUGCCUAUUCUGAACCCCAGAUCCAAGAAGACGUUCCACGACACCCGCCGCCUCCGUACUGCAGCCCAGAUACUUCAAACUCACCGACUUUUACGACGGAGCCGAACCUGCCCAAACGCAGGGUCUUUAGCAUCGGCUCCAAUGGCCACACUAUGUAUAGCAGAGGCCAACCUAAUAUCAGUGUUGGUGGUAUUUGUAUCCAGAGGAACUCCCCUGAUGGUUCUGAUGUCCAGCAUUUCAGAAUCCACCCUUACGGUGGUACUGGCUGGUCCGUCCAGCAGCAGAGCUCGGACCAGGGCUCUGUUGUUAAUGGUGGAUCACAGAGACUAGUGUUUCAGCUCCAGCAAAGUCAGAACCAGGAUCAGAGCCCACAGUCCGCCGCAUCCCAGGAAGAAUGCACAGAUGUUGGCGUUGCCAGCUCAAGAGGUAGCCGUAUGGUGCGUUACCCCAGAAUUCGACUGGAGAGACGCUCGUCUCAACAGAGGCUGUUGCUGGAAAAUCAACACCAGGAAAGUGGUGCAGAUAGCCAAACUAUAGAGGAGAUCCAAACAAACACGGAGAGAACGGAAGCAAGAAACAGCUCUAAUGGCUGUACUUUCAAAAUCCGUGGGGAUUCUUCCAGGAGGCAGCCUCAUUUCAAGAUAUAUUUUACCCCAGGCGGAGGUAGAGAUCAGGAUGUUAGCCUUGGCAAUGAUUUGAUGGAGAAUAAUCCCAAGACUAGAGAUGAUUUCCUGGGACAGGUUGAUGUUCCUCUCAGUCAUUUGCCGACAGAGGACCCCGCUAUGGAGCGGCCGUACACAUUUAAAGACUUCCUGUUGCGGCCCAGAAGUCACAAGUCCAGGGUGAAGGGUUACCUGCGUCUGAAGAUGGCCUAUCUGCCCAAACAAGGAGGACCAGAGGAGGAGGCUGGGGAGAUGAGGGAGGAGGCUGAGGGAUGGGAUGAGUCUGCGGACUCGGGCUCCCAGCGACCCCAGCAGCUGCUUCCUCCUUUGCCCCCCGGCUGGGAAGAGAAGGUGGACAACCUGGGACGCACAUACUACGUCAACCACAACAAACGCAACACGCAGUGGAAACGACCCUCCAACAUGGAUGUGGUUUCAGAGACUGAGAGUGACAAUCAACAGCGGCAGAUCAAUCAGGAAGCACACCGUGUUUUCCGUUCGAGACGCCACAUCAGUGAAGACCUAGAGAACGAGCACAUGGAGCCGAGGGACAUGGACAACUCCUGGGAGCUCAUCACAGAAGAGGAUCCUAACGACAGCCUGGCCCAGUCUCAGCCGGGCCCUUCCUCCGUCUUGACACCACAACUACCAUCAACACCCGUCAACCAGGAGUUUUCUGAGGAUUUAAAUCUGAGGCUGUCACUCACUCCCGACACCAACGGCGAAGUGGCAGGGCCCAGCUCUGCUCUGAGCCAGCUAUCAAGCAGACUCCGAUCCUCAAGUAUGACGGAUGGUGUCAGCGAUCAGGCCCAGGCUCCUCCUCCUCUUAUGCAGGGUUCCCAGACCAGAAGAACGAGAGCUCAAACAGUCUCAGGUGGUGAGGAGUCUAUGUCUCCCACGGCGACUGCUUACGCCUUGACCACCCCCGGCCUGCCCCCUGGAUGGGAGGAGAGGAAGGACAGCAAGGGAAGAACUUAUUACGUCAACCAUAACAGCCGCACCACUACGUGGACUAGGCCAAUUGUGCAGCUGACUGAAGACGGACCCAGCACCUCAGCAGCAGCAUCAGGAUCAGGAGGAGCCUCGGCCCUGGCAUCCGCAUCCACCCCCUCAUCCUCCUCCUCCAAUGCCUCCAGCAACCACCUCCAUGAGCCCCAAAUCCGACGACCUCGUAGCCUCAGCUCCCCUACUGUCACCCUUUCCACCCCCUUGGAGGGAGCCAACAACAUCCAGGUGCGGAGGGCUGUGAAGGACACGUUGUCCAACCCGCAGUCCCCCCAGCCGUCCCCCUACAGCUCCCCCAAGUCAACACCUAAGACACAGCAGAGCUUCCUGCCCCCGGGCUGGGAGAUGAGGAUAGCCCCCAACGGACGGCCUUUCUUCAUCGACCACAACAGCAGAGUUACCACCUGGGAGGAUCCCAGGUUGAAAUACCCAGUCCAUAUGAGGAAUAAGAACUCAAUUGAGCCCGGUGAACUUGGUCCUCUUCCUCCUGGAUGGGAAGAAAGAGUUCACUCAGACGGACGCACCUUCUACAUUGACCACAAUACAAAGAACACGCAGUGGGAGGAUCCUCGUCUGCAGAGUCCGGCUAUCACAGGACCUGCUGUUCCCUACUCCCGAGAGUUCAAGCAGAAAUACGACUACUUCAGGAAGAAGUUGAAGAAACCGGCUGACAUCCCCAACCGAUUUGAGAUGAAGUUGCACAGGAACAACAUCUUUGAGGAGUCGUACCGUCGAAUCAUGUCCCUGAAGAGGCCUGAUGUCCUGAAGGCACGGCUGUGGAUCGAGUUUGAGUCAGAGAAAGGACUGGACUACGGCGGUGUGGCUCGAGAGUGGUUCUUCCUCUUAUCGAAGGAAAUGUUCAAUCCUUACUAUGGCCUGUUCGAGUACUCCGCUACAGACAACUACACUCUCCAAAUCAAUCCCAACUCCGGCCUGUGUAACGAGGACCACCUCUCCUACUUCAAGUUCAUCGGGCGUGUGGCAGGAAUGGCUGUGUUUCAUGGAAAACUUCUAGAUGGUUUUUUCAUCCGACCAUUCUACAAGAUGAUGCUGGGAAAACAGAUCUCCCUUAAAGACAUGGAGUCUGUGGACAGUGAAUACUACAACUCUCUGAAGUGGAUCCUGGAGAAUGAUCCCACAGAGCUGGACCUCAGGUUCUGUAUUGACGAGGACAACUUUGGACAGACGUACCAGGUCGACCUGAAGCCCAGCGGCUCAGACAUGGUGGUCACCAACGAGAACAAAAAGGAAUACAUUGACCUGGUCAUCCAGUGGAGGUUUGUCAAUCGAGUCCAGAAGCAGAUGAACGCCUUCUUGGAGGGCUUCACUGAGCUCAUUCUCAUAGAUCUGAUCAAGAUCUUCGAUGAAAACGAACUCGAGCUGCUCAUGUGUGGUCUAGGUGACGUCGACGUCAACGACUGGAGGCAACACACGGUUUACAAGAACGGCUACUGUCCCAACCAUCCUGUGAUCCAGUGGUUCUGGAAGGUUGUCCUGUUGAUGGAUGCUGAAAAGAGGAUCCGACUCCUCCAGUUUGUAACGGGAACGUCACGAGUGCCCAUGAACGGCUUUGCCGAGCUUUAUGGUUCUAAUGGACCUCAGCUGUUCACAAUAGAGCAGUGGGGAACACCAGAGAAGUUGCCAAGAGCUCACACGUGUUUCAACCGCUUGGAUCUGCCCACCUACGACACAUUUGAGGACCUGAGAGAGAAACUCCUCAUGGCUGUGGAGAACGCGCAGGGCUUUGAGGGGGUCGACUAAGACUGCAGCAUCUGACUGCAUCCAACCAACCGACCAACCAACAAUUAAAAAAAUAAAUAAAACAAAAAAGACACAAGGAUAUCAAACCAGCUGCUGUAGCAGUUCUGUGCAAGCAUGUUGUACUGUGAUGCCUGACUGUGAACCCCUUCCACAGCACCGUGGCUUGAGACUGUACAGCGAUUCGUCGAGGCCGACGCGCCUACGUCUUUAUAUCUUUUCAGAGUGGCUAGGUCACUCCUUAAAGGUGCUGGAUAAUGAACGGGAGUGUUGAAUCUAGUAUCCACAGGCAUGAGCGAUGAAUGAGCUGGCCCCUGAUCCGCUGUUUCUUUCCCCCUCUACCCUCGUCCUGUGAAAAUCUACAGUGCUGGAAAACACUAAUGCAUUUCAAUAGCUCCUUUCUGUACACUCUAGCACAGUAUUCAAGCACCCUUCAGUGGAGGGCACUUAGCAUGGCCUUAAUCUGGCUUCUACAUGCACUAUUUCUUUAAGAAACUGCAACGGCACUAUGAUCACAACUCUCUCUCAAAUCCUUAGACCAACACCAGAUUACCUUAGGAAUGCUAGCCAAUCACAUUUCAGGAAAUCGGCCACGCCCCUCCAUAGAGCCUUGUCUAUAUGUUGUUUGAUCAGAAAUCGCCGCUGCAGCCUUUUUGUAGAAUAAUGUUUUCUGUUUUUUAAGCCACGGGUAAGGAUUGAAGAAUGGGGGGGAUGAAACACUCCCCAACGAUGCUUUUUUUUUUUUAAAUAGUUUUUGUCAUUAUGAAAGAGAUUUGUUUAUUUGGGUUUUUUUCUUUUUUAAAUCAUUGGUAUAAUUCUUGCAGGAAAAUACUCUCGACGUAUUUGUACUGAUGAACAAUGUUGUUUACUAUUUUGACAAUGCUAUAUGACAUGGUGUGUGAAGUGUAACUUUGGCUAGUCGGGGAAUUAAUUAAUCCAUAUCAUUUGUUAUGGUGAUAGCAAAUGUGUUGAAUAAAAUGUUUUAUAUUGUAGUGCUAAAUGAAAGCAGCAUGAAACCGUACCUUGUGUUUCCUUUGACUACAUCGUAGUAAUUUGGACGUGUAAUGGAUCUCGGGUUCGAGAAGGGCGAACUAAAACUUUGGGGUAGUUUCUCUGAGACGUUUGCUUCAUGAUAUAUAUAUUAAUAUUCUCAUGCCUGUUGCUGUUCAUAAUGCUGUAAAUUGUUCUUUUGGGGGGGGGGUCAGGGAACACAUUUUAAGUUCUUUCAUGAUAUAUAUAUAAAUGUAUGAAUCUAACAGAAGUAUUACUGAUCAACAACACUAAAAAUGAAGCUGUGUGCGUGCGCGGGUGUUUGAGAGAAAAGCUGUGAUUGCCACUGAAUAUAUAGCAGCACGUUUCCUACAAAGAAAAUGUUUUUUUUUUUCUUUUUUAUGUUUUUGUUUCUCUCUCCUUUUUCUAACACCAUUGAACCUAAAGGGCACUUUAUAGAUCACUCUGAGGUCAUGUCGCCUAUUGUAUGUCUUUUGUCAUUAACUUGAAUGUGAUUCUUUUUUUUCCAUUCAGAGCACUUACCUGGUGCAAUAUAAAUAGUCUGUAAAUCUGGGCUGCUGCUAAGGUAGAUAUAGUUGAAAGAAGUGAAGCAGAGACUUCACACCCCCUCCCUUACUCUAUUUUCUCUCUUCUUUUGUCCCCUUUCUCGCCCCCUUUUCCUCCCUUGUGUUUCCUCCUUGCUGUGAUCCACCACUCAAACUCACUCAGUAAAUAUUAGUCCUUUUUUUAAUGAAUGACAGGAAAUAUCACUUUUGUUAAAGAUUCCACCACUCUCUGCAACUCUUUGUGGUUCAUUUAAAUUCCGUCAAAUAAAAAUGAAACUUCUCA